UUGGCCUUGAUACUUUUUGACCGUACUUUUGCGUAAUUAAGUUUUGCUUUAUUUCUGUGGUUAAUUAUCGUCUGGGAAUUUAUGAAUGGUUUAAGCAAAUCAGUUUGUACUCAUGAGUGAAGAAAACCCUGAAAAGUGUCAGUUUAGAGAGGAAGAUGGGGAGUUAAUUCUGUCAGAUAAUGAAAAUCAAGAUGAUAAACCAGCUGAUAGCCCUGAUAAAACGAACUCUCGCAAAAGUCGACGCAAACAAACUUUCGAAAGACGCAAUAUCAAAAAAGUUCGGGAAGAUGGCCUUAGUGAAGAAGCUAAAGCAGCUCAAAAAGCAGAAAUGGAAAGAAGGCAACGCCUUGUUAAUAAAGAUAAGGGAGAACAAGUCAAGUUUUCUAACAUAGAUUUCCUACUAAACGAUUCUUCAUCGUCACCUGAUUUCCUCAAAUGUUCUGAUGCUAACUUUCAAUCUGAACUACAAGAAACUAGUUCAUUUGAAAGAACGGAUGAACAGGAUGAGAUUGAUGUUGACGAAUGUAACUUCUUGGAAAAUGGUUCAACCGUUGACAAUCAGCGUAGUUCAGUUGGAAAAGUUGAAAAAGGUUCUAAACAAGCCGCCUCAAACGUUUUUACGAAUGGAGGUAAACAGUCACCUUCUGAAGCUUCAUGUUCUGGUAACGAACCGGAUCAGAAACGAACUGUCAGUUCCGCCUCUGCUGCACUUUUUGGUUCCACAUGGAGUGAUUUACAGUCUCUUCGGAUGGGUCAGUCACAAGAUGAUCCUAUUUUGCUUGGGGAUUCUGAUGAUGAGCAGGAUGCCGAUGAUACUGUGAUUGAAGUGAGCGAUGGUGAAGAUGAACCAGAAGUGGAAGUAGAAGCUGAAAUUUGUGAAAUACAAGAUGCAGAGAAUUUAGCUGAUGUUGAUGGGAAAAUUAUUAUCAAUAGAUCACGUGAUCAAGAGGAAGAACCAGAAAUUGUAUUAUGCCCUCAAAUGGCUAGAGUUAUUAAACCACAUCAAGUUAGCGGUAUACGUUUUUUAUAUGACAAUGUUGUUGAAAGUGUAAAACGUUUUCAAACAACGGAUGGAUUCGGUUGUAUUUUAGCGCAUAGUAUGGGAUUGGGUAAAACUAUACAAAUUAUCGGAUUUCUUGAUAUUUUAUUUCGUUUUUGUCAAGCACAACGAGUACUUGUCAUUGUUCCUAUCAAUACUAUACAGAAUUGGCAGGCAGAAUUUGAACUUUGGUUACCGACUGAUUUAUCAAGUUGUGCAACAAGCAAGAAAUCAAAACUUUUUCAACGUUUCUUAAUUCCUAAAUCGACCACAGAAUCAAAAUCACAUCCAUCCACCCACACUGAUCGUACAGAUUCUUCUUCUAGUGAACCAAAUGAUCUCAAUGUUCCAUUGGUUGAUUCCAAAGAAAUGGAUGCCAGUAUGGAGGAUGAUGAACAAAUGUUAUGGUCUUCUAUGUUUGAAAAUGAAAAAACCGAAUCUCAAUCGAAUGUACAAGAUAUGUCGCAUAGUGAAAGUUUUUAUAGUGAGCCAAAUGAUUCAGAAUAUCCACUUGUUAAUAGUAGUAGUUGUCUUCGACCAUUCAAGUUAUUUGUAGUACGAGAUACUGUGAAAACUAUGAGUCAACGACAUCAAAUUAUUCAACAAUGGUUUGAAGAAGGUGGUGUUUUAUUAUUGGGCUAUGAAAUGUUUCGAUUACUAUUAAAUCAAAAACGUCUUAAUCCUCCUUCAUUCUACUCAACAAAAAUGGAUGUACGCAUACCGAAACGUCGAAAAAAAGAUAUUUGCAUUGAUAUUGAAAAAGAGGAGAAACGUGAAAAAAUGUGGGCAGAUUUCCAUACAGCAUUAUUGGAUCCUGGUCCACAACUUGUUAUCUGUGAUGAAGGUCAUCGAAUUAAAAAUAGUGAGGCAUCAAUUUCUAAAGCUUUAAAAGCGAUUAAAACACAUCGACGUGUCGUACUCACUGGUUAUCCAUUACAAAAUAAUCUUAUGGAAUAUUGGUGUAUGGUUGAUUUUGUACGACCGAAUUAUUUAGGUACAAAACAAGAAUUCACUAAUAUGUUUCAACGUCCAAUUGAAAAUGGUCAAUGUAUCGAUAGUACACUGGAAGAUCGUAAAAUCAUGCAAGGUAGAGCACAUGUUCUACAUGAUUUAUUAUCUGGUUUUGUACAACGACGUUCUCAUGCUGUACUGAAAGCUAGUCUUCCGCCGAAAAUAGAAAUUGUUCUAUUAAUUAAAUUAUCUCAUUUACAACGUACACUUUAUGCAGCAUUUAUGCGUAGUUUGGGUUCUAGUGGUCCAUAUGGUUGGGCACAAGUGAAUACAUUGAAAACAUAUGCAAUGUGUUGUAAGAUAUGGAAUCAUCCUGAUAUAUUACGUCGUGCAAUGGAAGAGCAUAAAGAAGCUAUGGAUUUUGAUAUUGAAGAGACAACAGCAAAUCAAAAUUCAAAUACCACAUUGUCUUCUUCCACUGGUGGUGGUGGUGGUGGUCGAUCAAUGUAUCAACGAUCGAAUAGCACAAUUUCAACUCAUCCAAAUGAUUCACAACAAUCAUGGACUAGUGGUGGUGGAGGAGAUUCCACUGCGAUGUCUUCAGAUUUAACUUCUAGCCAAUUGCCUACAUCGGCAGCUAAUAAUUCGACUUAUUCUGUUAAUGAUUCUCCUAUGCCGUUAUCUUUUAUGCCCCCGAAUCCUAUGUUUCCUGCUUCUACAAUUGGCGGCGGCAUAUCAUCCACCGUUGGACAGUCAAAUAAUGUCACACCGAAUUCAGGUUAUUUUUACACGCCAACACAAACACAUCAAUCCAAUGUUGGCACAUAUGAUUGGGCUGGUGAUGAAGAAUUAUGGGGUGAAGAUUUUAAAACUGGUAAUAUUAAACAUAGUGGUAAAGUACUACUAUUCUUAGACAUAUUAAAAGGAAGUGUUCUAGCUGGUGAUAAAUUAUUAGUAUUUACACAAAGUUUGUAUACGCUGGAUUUAUUGGAGCGUAUACUACGUAAUUUACCUUUACCAGUAGUAGCUAGUAAUGAUGUUGCGGUUGUUGACAAGUGUGAAGCAGUUCCGUUGAAAUCAUCCGAUGACUGCACCACCACCACCACCACCACGACGAAGACGACAAUGAUACACGAGAAGAAUGAACAAAAUCAAAAUAAUGGUGACGAUGAUAAUAAUAAGAAGUGCAAUGAAUCAGCUCACGAUCACGAGAAAGUUGAUCAGUUGAUCCAAUCGAAUCAUUCUGAUGAAAUGAUCAAAAAUGAAGAACCCGAUAAUAAUAAUCAUAAUCAUAAACAAGAAGAAGGAAUCAAACACAAAUUACCAAUGGAGGAUGAAGAAGAGGAGACUCCGAAAUCUUUACAUUACAGAUUAUCAACACGUCGAGGUUGUAUGGAUGAACCAACUGUAUGGACACGUAAUGUUCAUUAUUUCCGUCUAGAUGGUAGUACAAAUGCAAGUGAACGUGAAAAAUUAAUUAACAAUUUUAAUGAUCCUAAAAAUCCAGCUAAAUUAUUUCUUAUGUCAACUAGAGCUGGUUGCCUUGGUGUGAAUUUGAUUGGUGCAAAUCGUGUAGUUGUUUUUGAUGCAUCAUGGAAUCCAUGUCAUGAUUGUCAAGCUGUUUGUCGUGUUUAUCGUUAUGGUCAAGUGAAACCAUGUUAUAUUUAUCGACUUGUUUCAGAUAAUACAAUGGAAAAGAAAAUUUAUGAUAGACAAGUCACUAAACAAGGUAUGUCAGAUCGUGUUGUGGACGAGUUGAAUCCAACACAACAAUUUACACGUUCACAAGUGGAAUUAUUAAUGUCAUUUGAAGAUAAAGAUAUGGAAACUAUCACAGAGGAUGAUAUAGAAAUAUGUAAAGAUAUAAUAGAACCAGAUCCAAUCCUAGUUGAUGUCUUGAAAAAGCAUAGUCAAUGGAUUACAAAACGUCCAUUCACACAUGAAUCUUUAUUAAUUGAUCGUAAAGAUUAUCGUUUAACACGUGUUGAAAAACGUAUGGCACGUCAACGUUAUGAACAAGAGAAACGUUUAAGUUUAAGUUAUCAACAAGCACAUUUAUAUCAAUUACAACAAAUGCAAUUGUUACAACAUCAUCAACAUCAACAACUUUUAGCUGCUGGUAUUAAUCCUGCUGCUGCCCUUGUAGUAGGCGAUAAUACAUCACGCUUUUAUAAUUCUCGUACACCUAAUAUCCUUUCACGAAGUACCAUUAAUUAUCGACCAACUUAUACAAGUGGAAUGGCUGCACUAGAUGCUAUGCGUCAAGUUGAUCGACAAGCACGUCUAAGAAUGUUACAAAAAGAUUUAGAUGAAGCACGUCGACGUUGUGGUUAUACAACAAAACCUGAUGGUUUAAAUAAAAUCAUUGAAUCUCCUGAUUGUAAAGUGACAAGAAUUGUAGCCAAUACUGAUUUAUUUUUCCCGUCCACAACCAAUGCAACAACUACACAACGUAAAAUCCCAAAAGGUGAAGUACUUGAAGUGAUACAAACACCAAAAGCGAAAUAUUUACGUAUUAGUCGAACAGGUGAUUUGUUUAUUGUUAAAACUAGUGGAACCACGACAACAACAACAACAACAGCAAAUAACAAUUCAGUCCCUGGUGAAAAUAAUUCUUCUUCUUUGGUGGAUGGACAAGAAACUACUACUACUACUUCUGCUACUACUACUGUGAGUAGUUCUACAACAACAACAACGAUGUUGAAUACUCCGCUUACUGUCACUGCCCCUACUACUGCUACUACUACUACUACUACUACCCAGAACAGUACAAAGGAUUCUCGAAAUUCUUCUACAAUCCCUACUACCACUGGUACUACUACUACUGAUGCAACACAUCCUACAACAUUUACUUCACCAUAUGAUGCAAAUUCACAGCAACAUUCUCAAACUGUGCAAAAAUUAUCUUAUUCAACUACGAGUACCAAUGCUAACCAAUCUAGAUACAAUGAUAAUAAUAAUAAUAAUAGUAAUAAUAACUCCGAAAAUACUCAUCCCAGUUCCACUGUCCCAUAUGCUAACAACAAUAACAACAGUCAACCAUUUAAUUAUUCUCAAUCAUAUCAUCAAUUGAAUGCCAAUAAUUAUCAAUUAUCAUCUGUUAGUCGCACCGAUUCUCUCACUUCAACAAAGAAUGAUAAUCGAUUAGAUCCGCAAUUCUUACAAUCAUUGACGACGACGGCGACCACGACUAUCUCACCGAAACGUGCUCAUUCAUCGAAUGAAACUUUUACUGGUGAUUUGAAUCGAAAAGAUUCUCGACAAUUGUACAAUACAGAAUUGUCGAAUUAUCAACAACAGCAACAACAUCAGCAGCCGCCGCCGCCCUCACAACAGAUGAAUCGACAUGAUACUGGCAGUAAUACAAAAGAUGAUCGUAGUAAUAAUAAUACUAGUUUAACUUAUCCUAAUCAAUUAUUUUCUUCACAAGAUUCUUUCUGCAAUAGUAACAGUAGUAGUAGUAGCAGUGGUAGUAGUCAAGUACAACGUACACCACAACAAGUUGAUUUAUCAUGGCCAUGUUGUUUACAAUGUGGACGUACUAUUGUUACAGGUUGUAAUUGUCGUUUGAAUACAUCAUUGCGAACUACAGCUGCAGCAACUGCUGGUGCUUCUAUUACUACGGCAUCAUCAUCAACAACAACGAAUAGCAAUGAUUCGAAUACUAACAAUGUACUACAAUCCACAAAUCGAUUUCGUCCAGAAUCAUUUCAAUUGGAUGAUAAGAAAAGUUUUCCUAAUUAUCAGCCGACUGUCAGUUUACCAUAUUAUCAAAAUCAAAAUGUUCUUAGUUCUUCUUCUACUUUGUCAACACCAUCAUCAUCAGCCUCUUUAUCAUCUGCUGUUCAUCGUCAAUUACAACAACAACAACAUCAGCAGCAGCUUCUCCAACAACAACAUCAACAGUAUUUACGUACUGCUGAAGAUAUUGCACGACAAACGGCUUUGUCUGCUACAAUUUCUAAUAAUAACAGCAAUACUAGUAGUAAUAAUAAUAAUCAUUCUUUAUAUCCGUCUGUUUAUGCGGCGAAUGCAGCACGAUUGAAUAAUAUCAGUCAUGAUAUGAAUACUAAUACUACUAAUAAUACUAGUAACAGUAGUAGUAAUAACAACCAUGCUCAACAACAUCUUAAUUUAUCCUCCACUAGUGGUAGCCAUCAUCAUCAUCAUCAUACAAAUAAUUCCUUACAAAAUCAUGUAUCAAUGAUGCAAGAUUAUUUUACUCAGCUGACAAAUCAACGUCCUCAACUCACAUCGCCAUCAUCAUCAUCAUCUUCGUUAGGCGGUUUACAACGUGCUGCAACGGCGUUCCAUGCUGAACAAACACCAUCACAUGCUGUUGCUGCAGCAAUGCAACAAUAUUUCGCUCAGAAUCAUCAUCAAAAUCAUUUAAAUAAUGCGGCCAGCGGUAAUUCCACUACACAUAAUACUCAUCAAACAAAUCCAGAAAGAAAUUUGCCGAAUUUCCGUUCGACCGUAUCAGCAGCAUCGUUUGAUCCAACUGCGACGAUACAACAUUAUCAACAAUUUCAAUUGGCUGCUGCUGCAAAAGAACAUCAACAACAGCUGCAACUUCAACAGGCACAACAACAACAACGCCAACAACAUCAUCUACAACAGCAGCAGCUGUUACAACAACACCAGCAGCAACAACAACAUCAGCAUCAUCACAGUUUGACGAAUUCCGCACUGGCUGCAUCCUCGUCUCCGUCGGUGGCGGCGUCGUCGUCGUCAAUGUUUAAUCAUUUACAUUCACAAGCGUUUCCUAAUUUUCAUUUUCCACAAUUUUAAUGAUACGGCGAUGAUGAUGAGGAGACGACAGCGGAGGGCUCCCAAGUAUUAUUCGCCUGUCGUUUCCUUAUAAGAUAAUGGAGAAGAUUAUUUUUUAAGUGAGACAAGACAUGUAUUCUCCUUGUAAAGUUAUUCAUAUUGUGAAUGUGUUUGUAUAUUGAACAAUUGAACAGUUGAAUCUUAUUAUUUCUCUCUCUCUCGCGCGCGCGCGGUUUUUAAUAUUUUCCAAUUUCAUAUUGUACAUAGAAUAUUGUUGCUUCUGCUGCGAUUAUUACUACUAUUU